AUGACGGUACAUGCACUAGACGCCAUCGAUAAACUUUUAAAAAAGGUUACGAAAAAGUCAGUCGCUUUCGGUGGCAAAGUUCUGUUGUUGGGAGAAGAUUUUCGUCAGUGCCUUCCUGUCAUUAAACACGGUAACAGCGUAAAAGUUGUUGAAUCUACCAUUAAAAGCAGCGGGACUUGGAGUGAAAUUUUUAAGUUCCGUUUGACUCGGAAUAUGCGAACCGCGGACGAUAGUCUCGAAUUUGCUAACUGGCUCAUUGAACUUGGAAAUUCAGCUCAUUCAAGAACUGCAGGUCUGGGACAAGAUGCGAUAGAGAUACCUCAGGACUUUCUUCUUAAUGAACAUUCAGAAGAGUCAUUGGUGUAUCAUGUUUUUCGUAACCCCGAAAAUCUACUGCAUUCAGAAACAGAAGAACAAAUUAGCAAUCGGGCUAUUUUGUGUCCUAAAAACGACGACUGCUUAAAGAUCAACAAUUACAUCAUAAGACAGAUGCCAGGACACCGACGAAGGUAUGCCAGCAUUAACUCAAUUGAUUCGGAAGACCCAGAGGAAAUUGCAAAUUUCAAAACCGAGUUUCUUGACACCUUAAAGGUAUCAGGGAUACCACCGCAUAUUUUGGAACUAAAAGUGGGUGCAAUAAUCAUCCUUCUUAAAAACAUCGAUUCGCGUCAAGGGCUGUGCAAUGGAACGCGUUUGAUAAUCAAAAGUCUAACGGACAACCUCAUUCAUGCAACCAUAGCAGCAGGAAAAAAUAAAGGCCACAAUGUCUUCAUCCCACGAAUGAAUAUGUCCCCCAGUGACUGCGAUCGUCCGUUCAAGCUCAUAAGAAACCAAUUCCCUGUGCUUUUAGCUUUUGCAAUUACCAUCAAUAAGUCACAAAGACAGACGUUCGACAAAGUUGGUAUCCAUCUUCCUGAACCAGUAUUCAGCCACGGACAAUUAUAUGUAGCAUUUUCCCGUGCCACUUCUCGCGCAGGAGUAAAGGUCCAAUGGAUGGUAUGA